AUGUCGUGUUCAAAAUUAUUUUUAGGAGAUUUACCUGCUGAAUUAACUUACGAAAUUAUAAAAUAUUUUCAGAAUGAUUUUUCAACUUUACAUUCAUGCAUUUUUGUUAACAGAUUAUUGUGUCGUUUAGUAAUUCCAUUAUUAUGGGAAAAUCCAUUUUCAUUUCAUACCGGAAAAUAUGAUUUUAUUGAAAUUUACUUAAAUCAUGAAUAUAAAAUUAUUAAUAAUACGUUCAAUUGUUUUUUAAAAUAUUUGAAUACAUUUGAGUUAUUCAUUUCUGUUGCUAAGUGGUUUGAUUCUGCUAGGAAUUCAAAAUUCGGAAUUAGAACAGGUGUUUCUGAACAAAAUUUUGAGAGAUUUAUUACUAUGUCACUAUUUAAAAUUUUUAUUAAAAAUGAAGUAAAUUUACAUACUCUUGAAAUUAAGGCCGCAAUUAUUUAUUACAGAGAACUUAAUGAAAUUCUUGAGUUAAUUUUGCAAAAUCAAAAUUUUAUUCACAAUAUUGGAAAUUUGAAAGUUAAUUAUAUCAGAGGUGAUAACGACAAUACGAUAAUUAAUAACCAUAUAUCACAAAUAAUUCAUUUACAUCAAAAUCUUAAGAAAAUUUUAAUAUAUGGAAAUUUUUUAUCUUUAUGUCAAUUAUUAUUAUCAAAAGAUUAUUAUUGGUCAAAUACCUUAAAUAUUAUCAUUUUCUAUGACGUCGAUUUUAGUGUAGUAAUCAAUCUUGAUAAAGUAUUUGAACGAUUAAAUGUUUUAGAAUCCAUUCAUAUCAUUAAUUGUUCUUUAAAUAAUUAUUUUACUCAACAAAUUAUUAAUUUGACUAAACCAUUUAAAUUAAAAUCUUUAAUUUUAAAUGAGGUAACACAAAUUGAAUCAUUGCAACAAUUAUUACUAAAAUCUGGGAAAAUUCUCCCUUCUAAAUUAGAUUACAUAAGUUUAGAUUUUACUAUUAAAGAAAGUGAUUUUAGAGUAUUCUUAGAAAAUUCUCAGUAUAUUUUUAUUAAUAAAUUGUUAAUAAAACUAAAAAGUGGUAGUGAUGAUAUUUUAAAUUACAUAAAGAAAUAUAUUAUGAAGGAAAAAAGAGUCAAGUAUUUGGCUAUUAAGAAUAUUAAAAAUGGAGAAUUGUUUGAUUUGAAAGAUGAAGUGAGGGAAUUCAAGUUACAUAAUAUUAUAGUCCGAAGAUAUAGUGAUUUAGUUAUUGACUUUGAUGAUAAUGAUGACUAUAUAUGGAAUAUUGAUAAGUUAUAA